AUGGAUGUGCCUGACCGUGUGAUUGCCAAGGUCGUGUUGGGUACAACUUCUUUUAUAUUCAUUCUGCUGACCCUCUGGAUUAAUAGCUACCCAUUUAUUGACGAAGACUCAUCAUUCUACUCACUGGUACCAGACCCCAAGUGGUUUCUACUAUUCUGCGGCACUUGGGGUCUAUUUUUCAUAGGGGGCCUAAUGUCUUUUACCCUGUACCACAUGUUCAUGUACCAGUAA